AUGACACAUUUUUUUGGAUUAUCUAAUUUAAAAUUAUUAUGAAUAUUUUAUAUUGAUACUUUGCAUAAUUUAAAUAAAAUUAUAAAAGCUAUGUUUAACCGAUAUCUUCAUAAAAGGCAAUCUAAUAUCGAGGAAGCCAAGAAGUAUCAAGAAAAAUAUAAAGACAAAUUAAAAGAGAUUAGGGAAAGAAAAAAUAGUUUAUUAACUGAUAGGUUUAAAGAACGCCUUGCUUUAUGAGAACAAACAAGUCUUAAUGAAGAUCUUUAUGAGGGUAUUUAUUAAGCAGUAAUUAAGAAUGGGACUAUACCAAAUGUAUCUCCUUUGUCCUAUAGAUUCAGGGAUGAGCUAAAACAUAGCCCAAUCCCGAAAAAAGUAAAAUUCAGAUCAAAAUCUUUGAUGAGAGAAAAAAUUAAUGAUCCUUAUAAUGAAGCAAAUUUUAUGGGGGUGCAGGCCCAAUGACAUUGUCUUUUUGAUAGUGUCCAUUUCACCGAAUUAUUUUUGGCUGAAAUUUUUUGAUAGUGAGACAUUUGACCGAAAAAAAACGUUAAUUUUUGACCAAAUGUCACACUAUUUAAAAUUUUUCGACCAAAUGUAUUUCGAUGAAAUGUACACUGUCAAAAAUCCACUGUCGUUUGGCAUGGAGCCAAUUUUAUGCAAACUUUGAGAAAAAAUGAUAAAAACAAAAUCAUUGGACCCCUAACUUUUAAGUUUUCAAAGAAACCACUUAAUGAGAAGAUGAGCUUGAAUUCAACUGGUGUAAUAGGAAAUACAAAUGCAGUAACACCUACUGGCCAAAUCAGCAAGUCAAAUUCAAAGCCUUUUAUAUCAAGAAUUAAGCAAGAUACAACAUUUUUUACAAAUUUUGAAUACAUUUCUGAGCCUUAUAAUGAAUUCACAAAUAUUAUGAGAAAGAGGCAAAAAGAUUCUGAACUUGAUGGAGAUUUUGUAAUCGGAAAUAAAAAAUCUUCAAUUUUCCCUGAAAUUUCAUCGAUUAGAUCAAAGAAAUAUGAGGAUACGAUAAAUAAAACACACUCGAAAUCACCGAGAAUAUAUAGAAAUUCACUGAACGCUUUUUAUGAGGUAUCAUAUACUCCUCCAUCAAUUGAUGAAUUUUCUGGAUCACCAAAUAAUGCAUAA